AUGGCCAGCAACUCGCCCAUCCCAACCCCCCGCCUCCGCCAAAUCUGCUCCGACGCCUGCGACUCCGCCAUCAGCACCACCACAGUCUACGAACACGCCCAGACCCAGUCCUGGAACAACACAAUCAUCAACUCGAUCCUCAAAGCCGUCAUCUCCGAGUCCUCGACAGACAAAGACACACCGCCAAAGUACAAGUUCAUCGUGAACACGACCAUCAUCCAGCACCUCAGCGACCCACGAGGGGGAGGCGAGAGCGGUGCAGAGGCCGGGAAGAAGGUGGGAAGGCGAGGGAUGCAUAGUGCGAGCGGUGCGUUCUGGAACAAUGAGAAGGAUGGCAUGUGGAGCUACAAGUAUGAGGGUGGAGAGGGCAAGGGGAUGGAUAUUGUGGUCAGUGUGAUGUGGGUUGCGGUGUGA